UGCGUGUUCAUGUGUGUGGGUGUGCAUGGGUGUGAGCGUGUGUGCCUCUGUGGUUGUUUCCAUUUUUUUUAAAUCCGUAUUGGACCGUUACAUUUAAUGAUAAUCCGGCUUCAGAGAUAAUUUAAAGAAGUAUAGAGAGAAAAUUCGUUAUGACAUCUGUCACCGGCCAGAGCAACUCAUUACCACGUUAAAUCAGUCCCAGCACGAAAACAGAAUAAGACCCCUAAUAAUAUACUGAAGUUGGGGGGAAAAUAAUCAAAUAGCCAGAAACGGGAAGAUGUGGCAAGGCUGGAACAUCGCCUUCCUCUAGGAACAUUUGAGGGGGAUAAUGUGACGGGAUUCCUUAGAAACCAGGGUCCCAAACACAAGCAGGCGGCAGCUAUCUAUCUAGAUAUGUAAUGCUCUAUAACACAAUGGCGAGCUUUCCCCCCCCCCCGCUUCUGGGUGUUCCGUGGAGUUAAAGCCCUUCGGUGUGAUGACUUUUUGUUUCACUCCCAGAUAUCAGAGACCGUGAUCAGUAUUUUUGGUUUUCUUUUCUUUUCUUUUGUAUUUCUGUGCGGUGGAUUCGUUUUGCUCGGCUGUACUCAGGCAGGUUUGGGUGUUUAUUUAUUAUUUUGAACAGACCUGCAUGACACCCGCCCAAGGUGUUGGGGAAGCGACCUAGGGGCGGCUUGGAGCUAGGCACCUUGAAUGGGGGGAAGCUAUGCAGGAUCGGGUGCUUGGCAGCGUGGCCCACAGUGUUUUAAACGACAAACUUCCCGUUUUGGGGGUCUCCUUUUCCCUUCUUCCUUUCAGAUACGUCAUGACGGAUCAAACAGCUAUCGUUUGAUGCAGCUUGGAUGUCUGGAGUCUGUGGCCAACUCAACUGUCGCCUAUUCCUCCUCUUCGCCUCUGACUUACUCCACCACCGGCACUGAGUUUGCUUCCCCGUAUUUCUCCACUAAUCACCAGUACACACCACUUCAUCACCAGUCCUUCCACUACGAGUUCCAACACGGCCACCCGGCAGUCAACCCUGACGCUUACUCCUUGAAUUCCCUCCACCACUCGCAGCAAUACUACCAGCAGAUCCACCAUGGGGAACCCACCGAUUUUAUUAACCUGCACAACGCCCGGGCUCUCAAAUCCUCUUGCUUGGACGAGCAGAGGAGAGAGCUGGGGUGUUUAGAUGCUUACCGGCGCCACGAUCUGUCUCUUAUGAGCCAUGGGUCCCAAUAUGGGAUGCAUCCCGAUCAGAGACUCCUGCCAGGACCAAGCCUCGGGCUUGCAGCCUCGGGGACAGACGAUUUGCAGGGGUCGGUGGAGGCUCAAUGUGGCCUAGUACUGAACAGCCAAGGUGGGGUGAUAAGGAGAGGUGGUACCUGUGUUGUUAACCCCACAGAUCUUUUUUGCUCUGUACCCGGGCGCUUGUCUCUACUCAGCUCCACUUCUAAAUACAAAGUGACCAUUGCAGAGGUAAAGAGGCGCCUCUCUCCACCUGAAUGCCUCAAUGCUUCGCUCUUGGGAGGCAUUUUGAGAAGAGCAAAAUCCAAGAAUGGGGGGCGCUGUUUACGAGAAAAAUUGGACAGACUGGGACUGAAUUUGCCUGCAGGAAGAAGGAAAGCAGCAAAUGUCACCCUUCUGACUUCCUUGGUUGAAGGGGAAGCCUUACAUUUGGCCAGGGAUUUUGGCUACACCUGCGAAACAGAGUUCCCAGCCAAGGCAGUAGGAGAACAUCUUGCCAGACAGCAUAUGGAACAGAAAGAACAGACAGCGAGGAAAAAGAUGAUCCUAGCAACAAAACAAAUAUGUAAAGAAUUCCAGGACCUAUUGAGUCAAGACAGAUCACCCCUCGGAUCCUCAAGACCAACUCCAAUAUUAGACCUCGACAUCCAGAGACAUUUAACACACUUCAGUUUGAUCACUCACGGCUUUGGAACUCCCGCAAUAUGUGCUGCCCUAAGCACUUUCCAAACUGUUCUCAGUGAAAUGCUGAACUACUUGGAAAAACACACAUCGCACAAAAACGGAGGAGCAGCAGAAUCUGGCCAAGGACACGCCAACUCGGAGAAAACCCCCCUGAGGAAAACUUCAGAGGCUGCUGUGAAAGAAGGCAAAACAGAAAAGACAGACUAGCUACAUCAAACAGAAUCUAUUUCCAGAGAAUCUUGCUGCUGAUAUUUUUCUUUUUAAAUAUAUAUAUCAUUGCGGGUGAUUUAUCUCCAGUGGACCAAAAAACAAAAAAACAAAAACAAAAACAAAACAAAAAAAGGGAGGGGAAAAAAGAAAAAGAUAAAAAAAAAUCCUGAGAAAAGCAGUGUACAGUAAUUGUGUGAUGAAAUUGUCACUUUUUUAUUUAUGUUGCUCUAAAUUUAUUAUUUUGUGCACGUAGUGUUUGAUCGUUCCCAAUGAUACACGAACACUGUUUUUUAUAAGCACUUCCGGACUCAGAUGAGGUGGCACGCGUGAUUUGUCUGGGGCUAACUUGAAGCACUUUCUUAUCCGGCAGCAGAGUUAGAGAUAGGGCAAGCACCAAAGUCGUGGGAUAAUGCAGAUUUGGCAUUAUAACUUCGCCCAUGUGACGGAUAAAAUGGAAAGAGUGCCUCCUUCACCCCACCAAGCUGGCCCAAUCAGCUGACCAUCAGAAGAUAGUAUGGAAACUUGGAAAGGGGAAAGAGAAGAACCUGUAUGUCCAGGGAAGAGUGGACCACUCAAUAGUUGGGGUUCACAGCCCAGUGUGUGAAUUUAUGGGAAAUCUGCAUUGGAAUUAUGCCAAAGCAUGCCAGAGAUCUGUCCUGAUUGUUCAAGAAGCAGCCCUGAUGCCUCUCAUGUGAAGGGCAUCACAGUCUAAAAUGAAAGAGCCUUGAUAAUUUCAGCAAAAGCCUUAGUAACUGUAAUCAUUGGAAGUCAGAUUAAAUGAUAGUCUUCUGUCCCUUAUUCCUUAUUGGCCCCUAGUAUUGGCAGUUGAAUUCCAAAACUGCACUCAACCAUAUCUGGGUCUGUAUUCAAAUAGAUUGAUGCAGGUGGUUGGAGAGGUCUUUUGUUUUGCUUUGAUUUUACGUUGCUUUUCUUUUCUUCAGUGGCUUGUUUCUGCAGCUUGAUUGUCUUUAGCAAUGCAGCUGGGACUCAGGAGGUUCCAAAAACACCCACUCACAGAUCAGAGGGGUCUUUUUUGUUGGUUUUUUUUUAAUCCCAUUUCAAAUAAAUGAUGUCUAGGGAUAGAUUGGUCUUGUCCACAGCAGCCAGAGAUUUAAAGGCCUUGCUUAUGUAUUUCUAAAGCCUCACUUUACCACCUGCCACACUCAUCGUCUAAAAUGGAGCCAGCCAUAGAAUCCUCCAGGCUCAACUCACUUCAAGCCAAAAGUGUUUCCGGUCUGAUUCUACUUUAUCUUGUCUUGGGUUAGCUCCAUCCGGCUAAUUCAUGCCAGAGGAGUUUUAUUUCAUUAGGUUAUCACUUCUUUUUGGUUUCCAUCGUAUCUCUUUAUUGGGGAAGGAAAAAUAUUGUUGCACUUGCAAGAGUGCCUUGGCUGUAAGUAGAUAGGACAACCAAGCUGGGAUUACAAAAAUUGGCCUUCAGGAAGAGUUGAAGUGUUGAAGGAAGUGAGUCAAUUGUGGCCCAGUCCUAUUCCCACUGAAGCCAGUGGGAGUUAUGCCAUUAAUUUCAUUGGGAGCAGGAUUCAUAAAUUUAUUGAGAGCUGAUUGAGUUUCAGGAAACCUACCAACUGUUAAAGAGUCACUACCGAGUCAAAUUUAGCUCUUUGCAGAAACAAGGAUUUUUUAUAUAAAAUCUAAGACCUGUGCAAAAGUUUUCUUGAUAUAUAUUUUUUUAAAUUCCUGUGGAAACAGUUGUGAAAGAAAAACAUUUUCAUGCAAUGUUUGCAACUCAGACAUUGCAGGAUUGUGUUAGAACAUGAGAAACUUGAAAAUGAAAUUCACUAUCCACUGACUAUAAGCUAAACAGAAACUCAUUCAUUGAUUUUCAUUUCCAAGCUGAGAGAAAUACAAAAAAUAAUGAAAUAAAUAAGCAAAAAUAAACGAAAAGCAACAUCUUAAGAGUUGUUAAGUGACCUGUGCCCAACCCAACUCCCCCAAACUAUUGGGAGUUACAGAUGCUCAGUAUUUCUCAGGAUUUGGCCCCAGAUUUUUUUAAGAUAACAGUAUCCCACUAAUGUCAAUUUCCUUUUUAAAAAUAUCUUCAGAUUUAUCACAUUAUGAAAGUGUAAUGAAAUUCAGCUGACAAAUAAAAAGAGGCAUAUUCCCUAGCUCCAAAAAACUUGAAUAAAUCAAUAUUAGAACUACUGGGGGUAGGGGUAGGAAACAAGGGGAAAAAAUAACAUUUUUGCAAUUUUUUUAACCAAAGUUUUGAAUUAUGACCAUUUUUGACAAGCUGUACAGUUUGUUCUAUAAAAUGGUGUGUGUAGGGGAGGGAGACUACAAAUACGUUCUCAAUUUUUUCCCCAUUAUUUUCCAAUGACAUUACAAAUUUUGAAAUACUUUCUACAAAGGCACCAGAGUAUCUGUGGUCAUGAAUUCUGCCCAGACAUUGCACUCAAUUAUAAUAUUGAUCAAAUAUCUGAGCAAAGAAAUAAUGCUUACAUGACCCUAUUUCAAGUAACAUGGUGUUCAAUAUACAUUCUAAUGUCUCUACAAUCUUUACUCUUAAAAUACUUACAUUUUCUGUUGGAGCUAUGGAGGACAUUAUUUGUAUGUUGUGUUACUGUUCUACCCACUUAACAUUAAUAGAAAUUGUGUGCUGUUUAAGCCCCCGCAUCCCACACUUAUGCCCUAUUGUCCACUAGAAGUUCUUAGAAAGGAAUCACUUAAGGCCUGAUCCAAAAUGGUUUCAGGUCAAUAAGAUUCUUUUCAUUUGUGGUCUUUCUUAUAGCUCAGCUCAUACUCCUAUUUCUCUUCUUUGCUCCCCUGAAACCCUUUGAAUGCAAAACACUUCAAAAGGCUAUUUGGGAACCUAAUUGAAGCUCAUAUACUCUCUGUUUUCAGAGUAGCAGCCGUGUUAGUCUGUAUUCGCAAAAAGAAAAGGAGUACUUGUGGCACCUUAGAGACUAACAAAUUUAUUAGAGCAUAAGCUUUCGUGAGCUACAGCUCACUUCAUAUACUCUCUGUGUUUGCUUGUUUGUUCUUAGUCUUUCCAAUGGAUUUAUUUACUUUCUUUGGAGGGGAAAAUAUUUGUAAGUUCUGUUUAAAUGGCUGGAAUUUUCAAAGACAUUGAGAGAAUUAGAUGCCAAAAUACCUUUGAAAUUCAAUGGGAUUUGAGCAACUAACUCCCUUAGGUUCCUUGAAAAUCCCAGGCUAAAUUCUUAUCCAUCCUACCUACACAUGCACACAAACAUGUCCCCUUCUUUUCCUUUCUCAGGCCUUAUCUAUACAGAAAAGUUGCACCAAUGUAAUUGAACUGAUUUAAAAUCAGGCUAGUUACACAAAGCAAACCCCUAAUAUAGAUGCACUGAAAUGGGUUUAAAACUUGCUUAUGUCAGUUUAGCUUUUUGAGGGUUACUGCUUAGGUUUCAAGCUUGCUACCAAUGGAAAGCAUGCCAAUCCCAUUCAUGAAUUAGAUCAGCCUGAAUGAUGGGCAAUGGCUUGAAGUUAGAUUCAAAGAAGUAUCCAGAAUGGUGGGUGUUUAUCCAAAGUAUAUGCAAAUAUAUGUUUACAUUUCUGAUCUAGAAAUUAGGCCUGGAACAAGCUCUCUGAUGACAUAUCCAUGAAUUCCUCAUUCUACUCAGGUUAGAAACAUCUUUCUCAUGGCUGAAAUCCAAGACAAAAAAAAUGAACCAUCUUUUUUUUUUAACCCCCAGAAUAGAUUUGUGGCUCAAGUUUAGUGUGAAUGUUUGGAUCAAGUUUUAUUUAAUUGAACCAGGCCACCCAGCCUUUGACAUUUCUGCAGUUCUGUUAGCACCUGCUCUCACUGACAACACUAUUAAGAAUGCUUUGCACUUAUAUGGCAUCUUCCAUCCAAAGUGCUCUAUAAAGCUUUAUUAAGUAAGCCUCAGAAAACCUAAGAAGUGGUAAGUACAUGAGUAUAAUUCCUCCUUUUGACACAGAGAUUAAGGGCCAGAUAUUGCUACUCUUACUUUGGUUCAGUAGCAGCUUACUCUAUGAGUAGUCCCAAUAGCGAUGACCUUACUGAUGGAGUUAGGGUAUUAUUCAUUGGGAGCAAGGGGAUCUGAACCUGGCCCUAAGUCACUUGCCCAAGGUCAGCCAGUAAAUCAGUGGCAGAACUGAAAAUAAAACCUGUAGUCCACACUUUCAGCCCUUGCUCUAAACACUAGACCUGAGUGUUCUCAUGUAGCACCCCAUAAUGUUAUUAAGAGCUACAAAUGCACAUUGAGGAGAGAGUAACGUAUGCCCUUUACACAGCAGGUAGAGAGAGAAUUAGUGGAAUUCCUACACACUUGUUGCAGUGAGUGAGCCCAGCAGAUGAAUGGACAUGAAUCUACCAGUUAAAGUUCAAAGACUGCAGAGAGACUUGUUCUUGAUGUUGGAAUGCUAGCAAGCAGAUUGCUGCAGCUUUAGUACCUAGCUCCUUGCAGGUGUCACUCCAUUGUUUUGAUGGAGUGACACCAAGAAUGAAUUUGGCCCCUAGAUUUCCCCCCUUCUCCCCAUAGGUGAACUCCAAAUAUCCAUUAGGAAAAGACUGUCAGAUCUCCAAACCCGACAAGGCAUCCAUUCUUUGAAGAUUCUCAUCCAUUUUUUGCGAAAAGAUAUGGCAACCAGACAAUGUAUAGUCCUCCCAAAUCAUAGGCUUUUGUGUAAAUAUUGCCCCUGCUUGUCUCUUCCUUUUGAAAUUGACUCACUGGCACAGCUGACACUUGACUAAGGAAAUGACAUUAUUAUUUCCUGAUAGUUCGUUUCUCUGAACGCUUUUUCUAAUCACGUUAGGCUUUUUUUGGUCUUACAAAUCAUCAGUCCAAAAGGGCUGAUGAUUAAUUCCCUGAGAAUCUGACUUUCUUUUAUCCCUCAGAGAGGCAACUCGGCUGCUCUAAUUAUUUACGUUAAAGGAAGAGAAAAAAACAGUAUUAAUAGACGAUCCAACCUUGCAACACAAAGGAAAAUCAAUGACAAUAAUUAUACGGGACUGUAAUUAUAAUCAUAUCCUCUCCUCUGCCCCCAUUACAGAUUCUACAAGACUCAAAAUAUAGUUGAUUGGGAGGAAGAAGAAUAUUAUUUCAGUUUUCUUUGCCAAGUGAAGGUCACAUUAAAAGAACCAACCUUUUUUAUUGCUGUUAUUUUUUAAAAUUUUAUUUAAUUUGUAUGAUGAACUCCAUUCUGUACAGCAACUGUUGUGAUUGUAUUAAAUGUGACUGUGCACUUGGUCACAAACAAGCAAUGUCCUAUUUAUUGUUUGGGGAUUAGGUUUUAGUUUUCUCCUUCAAUUUAAUUUAAUUUUAUUUAUAAUUCAGUGGUAAAGAACAUAAUCUUUUAUAUUUAUAUUUCCUAUGACCUAUCCGUUUUACAUGAGUCUCUUAAGAUAACAACCACAUUCAACAGAACAUAUCACGGCAAUAAAAUCUAUGUUGAUUUAA